CAAAGUCCAAACCACUUCGUGCACAACCGUUGGAGCUCAAUUAAUGAAGUCUUUCGGCCACCAUUUAAUUCCUUCAGACCUCCUCGACUCAUAGCUCAGAACCACCCGAAGUGAUCAACCAAGCACCCCCGGCACAUCCGUCUUCGUUUCCUCUCCUCGCCAAAAACCCUGGCCUCGGACCCCCACUCGGGGUCUGUUCUGUCGCCCAGCUUACAGCAUUGUGUCCUCUCUCUCUCAUCCCCUCGCACUGACUCCCUAAAAGCCCGCCAACAAUAGAUUACAGACCCAGAAGAGAGAAUAACAUCUAUCCCAAUUGGUUAACAAAUGAAUACAAUUCUCGUUAUCAGUAAUUUUAACCCAAACAAGCUGCGAGAGAAAGCACUCUCUCUCCAGUUAUCAUAACAAAGAAGCAUUCUUACUUUUAAUAAAACAAAGAAGCCAUUUUGAUUAACAUACACAGUAACAUAAAGAAGAAACCCCUUACAUAAAAUUAUGAGGGGGAUAGAUAGAGUUGACAUUGAUAGGCUUUUUCCAUUGAGAGUAGGGGAGAUUCAAACAAGAGGACAUGAGUUGAGAGCUAGGGGGCAAAAGUUUAGGGGUAACAUGAGGGGGAAUUUCUUGACUCAGAGAGUGGUAGCCGUGUGGAACAAGCUUCCAGUAUAAGUGGUAGAGGCAGGUUCGAUAUUGCCAUUUAAAGUAAAAUUGGAUUGGUAUAUGGACAGGAAAGGAAUGGAGGGUUAUAGGCUGAGUGCAGGUAGGUGGGACUAGGUGAGAGUAAGCGUUUGGCACGGACUAGAAGGGCCCAGAUGGCCUGUUUCUGUGCUGUAAUUGUUAUAUGGUUAUAUUGAGAAGCAGGACAGCAAAGGUAGUAAUCACAGGAUUAUUGUCUGUGCAUGGCAACAAUGAGUAUUGGAAUAGCGUGAGGUGGAGGAUAAAUGCGUGGCUGAGGGAUUAGAGCAGGGGGCAGGAAUUCAGAUUGGGACCUCUUUUUGGGCAGAAGUGACCUAUACAAUUUGGACCAGUUGCACUUGAAUCCAAGGGGGACCAAUGUCCUGGCAGGGAAGUUUGCUAAUGCUAUUGGGGAGAGUUUAAACUAGAAUUACUGGAGGGUGGGAACCAAACUGAAGAGACAGAGGGAGGGGAGUUUGUCUCACAAAUAGAGAAAGCUUGUAGACAGUGUGAGAGGGAGGAUAGGCAGGUGAUAGAGAAGGGAUGCUCUCAGACUGAUGGUUUGAGAUGUGUCUAUUUUAAUGCAAGGAGUAUCAUGAACUAACCGUGGAACAGUACUUGGAGUUAUGAUGUUGUGGCCAUUACAGAGACUUGGAUGGCUCAGGGGCAGGAAUGGCUACUUAGAGUGCCAGGCUUUACAUGUUUCAGAAAGGACAGGAGGGAGGCAAAAGAGAUGAGGGCAUAGCACUGUUGAUCAGAGAUAGCGUCACGGCAGCAGAAAAGGAGGAAGUCAUGGAGAGGUUAUCUACUGAGUCUCUGUGGGUGGAAGUUAGAAACAGGAAGGGGUCAAUAACUCUCCUGGGAGAUUUUUAUAGACCACCCAAUAGUAACAGGGACAUCAAGGAGCAGAUAUUGAAACAGAUUCUGGAAAGAUGCAACAAUAACAGGGUGGUCAUGGUGGAAGAUUUUAAUUUAGAAACAUAGAAAAACCGAAAAACUACGGCACAAUACAGGGCCUUUGACCCACAAUGUUGUGCCAAACAUGUACUUAAGUUAAAAAUGACCUAGGGUUACCCAUAGCACUCUGUUUUUCUAAGCUCCAUGCACCUCUCCAGGAGUCUCUUAAAAGACCCUAUCAUAUCCACUUCUACCACCAUUGCCGGCAGCCCAUUCCUCACACUCACCACUCUCUACGUAGAAAAACUUUCCGACAUCUCCUCUGUACCUACUUCCAAGCACCUUAAAACUGUGCCCUCUCGUGAUAGCCAUUUCAGCCCUGGGAAAAAGCCUCUGACCCCACAGUCCUCUGUAUCCAGCAUGUCAUUCUCUAACAUCUCCAGCAGGAUCCUACCACCCCACAGACUGCUUUCCAUAGGGAUUACUCUCUAUGUGAUUCCCUUUUCCUCCCCACUUAUCACUCUCCUGACACUUAUCCCUGCAAAUAUGACAAGUGCUACACCUGCCCCUGAACCUCCACUCUCACCACUGUUCGGGAUCCCAAACAGUCCUGCCAGGUGAGGCAACACUUUACCUGCUAGGAUUGUAUCCAGUGCUCCUGAUGCAGUCCGGGGGACUGCUUUGUCGAGCACCUCGUUCUGUCCACUACUAAAAGGAGAAUCUCCCAGUGACCACCCAUUUUCAAUUCCAAUUCUGACAUGUCAGUCCAUGUCUCCGCAAGUCUCAGGUUAGAGAAGUUAACACCUCAUAUUCCAAAUAGGUAGCCUGCAACCUGAUGUCAUGAACAUUAAUUUUUCUUACUUUUCAUAACUUUUCCCCACUUUCCCUUCUUACUUUUAUUUUUCCAUUCCGGUUUCCACUCUUAACCCUUCUCCUCAAUUGCCCAUCACCUCCCUCUGGUUCUCCAUUUUCCCUUUCUGCCACGUUCCUUUCUGUCCUCUCCUAUCACCUCCCAGCUACCUUCCCCCUCACCGCUCACCUUCGCGCUUGUACUCCUUCUUGCUUUUUAUUCUGGCAUCUUCCCCCUUCCUUUCCUUUCCUUUCCUGUCCUGAUGAAGCAUCUCCGCCGGAAACAUUGACUGUUCAUUUCCAAAGGUACAGCUUGACCGACUUGAGUUCCUUCAGUAUGCAGCCGCUCCGACUUUGCACUCCCAUUACUCCAAAACUGCUGCCCUCCGCAGCAGUCCUAACCAUCUCCUCGGCCCCAGCCCUCUAGUCCCGCCCACUGCUGCCCCAGCCCGGCCCCGACUCUACGUCCCCGGCGGAAGCGACGCGCUGGGAGUGGAGGAGUCGAGGCUGAUUCGGUGGGAAAGGCCGGGAGUAACAGACGAUAUCGGAGUUCCAGUUACUGAAAUGGUUGUGCAGGGAGAAGAUGAUGAUUUUGAAACUUGCUACACAAAGGCUCAGUCCUGGAUACAAACAAUCCAUGAACGUUUGCAAACCUGUGACAAGGUACAAGGGUCAAAGGAAAUUCUUGAAGCCAGGCUGAAGGAGACAAAGGAAAUUUUGGCUAAGGAACCUGAAGGAAGCAUGUGGAUACAUAAGGUGCAGGUGAAGGCAGAUUUAUUGCUGGACCACAUCAGUGAAGCCAAGAAGCAAGAGAUCCAUAGGGCACUGAGAGAGAUCAAAACCACCUGGGAAGAUACCCAGACCAAUAUGGUUCAUUGUCACAGUCGGAUUGAAUGGGUUUUACUGCACUGGUUGGAGUAUUUGAAGGCAAGGGAAGACUAUUUCUCGUGGUUGGUAAAUAUGAAACGAAUGCUGGAGUCUGAUCUUGAAUUACAGCUGACCUUAAAGGAGAAGAAAUUUCAGCUAAGUCAUCACCAGACACUGCUCAGUAGCAUCUUCAACCAGGCCGCUCUACUGGAGCGUCUCCUCCAAGAAUCGGGCUCCUUAUUUGCCACAACUGCAGAUGAGACUCUCAAUGAGAAAGGCCAACAGGAAUUAAAAGCUAGUCAUGAGGAACUUGAGCAGAAAGCAAAGCAAAAGGUGACUGUUUUGGAAGAAAUAGUGAGAGAUCACCAGCUUUACCUGGACAGUCUGGAGAAGUUCCAAAACUGGCUGCAGUUAAUGACAGAAAAAUAUAACAGUUGCAUCUCACACAAGAACUGCAAGGAUCACGUGGAUGGAUCACUUAAGGAACUGACGGAGUUGAGUGAUGCUAUCAGCAGUAAGGAAGGAGAGCUAGACAAUCUGAAGAGCCAGGCUGAAGCUGUAAUAAAAAACACAUCUCCCAAGGGUGCUGAGGAUAUCAACAGAGACUUGGAGCAACUGAGGACAGACUGGGAAGACCUGCAACGGAAGUGUGAACAGCAUCAGGCCCCGCAACAACGAGCACUGCAGAAUGUGUUAGAACACCAAUCCAGGACUCAGCAGCUGGAGAGAGAGCUGUCUGACAUAUUAGACCAAUUACAGGCUCUGAAACUCGAGCCUCUAGAUGAGAAUGAACCUGAAAUUGUGUGGCGUAACUGUCUGAUCACCAGGUCUUCAAUUUUAGCAGUGGAAUCGCGAGUGGAAGAACUUCAGAUGAAACUGAAAAAUCUUGGCAUAUUCUCGCAGAACGACACUCUCUCUGCCAAGGUCCUGAAUGUCAUUCAGGAAUUUAACAGAGUAAAAGGAAAGAUAAUGAGGAGGUGCAGCCAGUUAGUAGAGAAUCUUCGCCAGGGCUUUCAGGAGCUGCUGAAAGAGUUUAAGCAAUGGAAGAACAACACCAGGAAUCUGCUGGACUCUGCCCUGGAUACCAAUGAUGAAGCAUUUGCCAACCUUUAUCUACAGCGCAUUGAGGACCAGUUGACCUGUAGCAGUGAACUACAGGUCAAACUUGACAGAUUUCGGGUACUUGAGGGGAUGCUGACCAAGGUUUUCAACAGUGAGCAGGCAGCAGCAUUUGGAGCUGAACUGAGGGAAGCUUCGUGGCAGCGAGAAUUCUUCACUGAUCUCCUGAUAAAGAGAAGGGGGCAGAUACAGGCAAAUAAUCGAGACCUUGCUAAUUACAAGCUACUGAUGAAGAAGUUUGAAGAUUGGCUAAAAGGUGAAGAUCAAAAAUUAACAAAUAUUUUGGCUGCCAACAAUGCCAGGAGCAGUAGGGACAGGAAAAGAAGCAGACACAUUUUGAAGGAAUAACUGAGAUGAUCGCCUCUCUCCAAGAAGGUGGAAUUUCUCCUCUCUAAGAUCCAAUUAAAGGUGUUAAGUAAUAAUGGAGCUAACUGUGACUUCAGCGAUUUGUACCACUCUGAGGUAACCCAUCAGACCCUGAAGACUUUCUGGCCUUUAAUCUAGAGGUGGCCAGGUUCAGUAUUUUGGCAGUUACUGGUUCUAAUAAACAUUCAUUUUGUAAAUUUGUGAGCUUGGGUAAUUCUAAAGAAUUCAGGAAAGUGUCUACAUGGGUCUCAUUGGAGGCCCGGGGUUGAGAGUACAGCUCUCGAUAAUAUGUUUCAAAACUCUCUUGAAUUUUCCCUAUUGUACUCUCAACAAGCUUUGUUUUUAGAUUCUUUAUUUUAUGAAUUGUAUUGCCUGCUUGUUGUUUACAUAACUUAUAUGCUAAUAAUCUAGCUGAUUUACCUCCUACUUCAUAAUUCUUUUGUCUCAGGUAAAUAAAAUUUCUUUGUUUGAUCAAUUUCACUUUGCAAUUUCUUAAUUUCCUGUUUUAAAUUAGAAUUUUUUUUUCAUAUAAGUGGUAAUGGAAAUAAUUUUCCUCAGUACAGCUUUCCCAUAAAAUCAUUGGUGAUGUUUCUCCCAUGUCAUUAAGGUCUAGGUAUUCUUUAAUUUCUCCCCUUAUUCUCUCCAUUACUAUCUGGUUAUUGAGUAUAUGUGAAUUUAACCUCCAUAGUGUUUUCCUCAUUUUCCUUUCCAGAAUUAGAGACAUACAGACUGGGCUAUGAUCCAACAGAUCAAUUGUUGCAAUGUUGCAUUCUUUUAUUCUGAAUCUAUCUAUCUUAAAUAUAAAAAAUAGUCUAUCCUUGAAUGAGGGAAUGAGUAAUGUGUAUAGUCUCUACUAGUGGGGUGUAAUUCCCUCCACACAUCUACUAUUCCCAAUUCCUCCAUCAGUGAUUUCACUUUCCUAGUUAGAGGUUUAUUCUGAAUAACUGUUCCUGAAAAAUCUAAUACAGGGUUUAAUCUAACAUUAAAAUCCUCUCUGCAAAUUACCACUUCUUGAGAGCUGGCCAUUAGGUCAAAAAUGUGACUAUUCACAAAAAGAAUGACCAUUCACUACCUGGUGGAGCAUAAAAUUCAGAAAUGUUAUUUCAGUACCUUCUAUUAUUCCUGUAAUCUUGACAAAUCGUCCAUCCUUGCCUUUAAUCUCUGAAAUAUGUUCAUAGUUAAGAGCACUUGAUAUUAAAAUAGCUACUCCUCUUUUGUGGCUCAGUUUAUAUGAUGAAUAAGAUAAUGUUUAAAGCCCAUUCUCUUUAAUUUUGCAUGUUCAGAUUGGCUCUUGUGAGUUUCCUGAAAGAAAGCUAUUUGUGCCCUCUCUUCUUUCAAUUUAGACAUAACCUUAUUUCUCUUAAUUGGAUUCAAAACCCCAUUAACAUUAUAGGAAAUUAUUUUUACCGGUUCAAUUUGCAUUUUUCUCUAGUAGAAAAGAAAACACUCCCCUUUUCCAAGCAAACAGUAAGCAAUCCCUUUUCAACAGUGCACCAAAACACAAAACCAAACCCUGGGCAUUUUUGAACAUAGAACAUUUGAGAAAUUUCCCCGACUUCCAACAGUGAGGCCUGAGCACCGACCUGCCUCAGUUCAGAGGGAGAACCUGUAUCUCCAGCCUGUGCUAGAGGGCCCUCUGCAAUGUGAACAGUCAUAGAGAAUUCUCUCCUUUUCUUGUCUUGACCAUAUUGCUAUCAUUCAAGUUAUUCCAUCUAGUUUAUUUUCAGUUACCAAUUUUAAUUUUACCUUUAAGUCUGAUUUACUCUUAUCAGUCAUUUCUCUUAAUUAAACUAUACUCUCUGUACAUUCGCAUCUGAAUGCGUAGCUUUUCCUUGUAGCUUGACACUCUGGUUCAAGUGGAGCAUCCUCGCCGCAUUGGCUACCAUGACUUCUGCCAUAUCCUCUCCAGUAGUGACUCCAGUUAGGUGAUAACUUUUAUGGUCCGCAGUCCCCGGUCCGACGUUGCCUCCUCCACUAUAGCGUAGGUUUUUGUCCCUUCGUCAUAAAAAACUCUUAGCCGAGCUGGGUACAGGAUCUAGAAUCUGAUAUUGUUUUCCUUCAGGACCCUCCAUGUUUUCGCAUAUUCCUUCCAUCUGGCAAGGAACCCCGGAGCAUAAUCGUGGUCGAAGCUGAUUUUACAGUUGCUCCACAUAAAGCCUUUCUUUUGCCAUGCCAGUUUAAGCACUUCUUCCUUCGUUCUGUAACUGAGCAAUCUGACUAGAAUCAAUUUGGGCUGGGCUCCUGCCGGAGGCUGCAGUGCUAACAUGCGGUGGGCCCUUUGUAUCUGUAGGUCUUUUGCAACUGGUAUAUCAAGGUUCUGUCUAAGCAGUUUCUCCACGAAGGGAAUCAUCAAUACCUUCAGCUCCUUCAGGAACUCCGUAUAUCCUCACAUUUUCCCUUCUUGAGCGACCUUCUUGGUCUGUUAGCUUUAGCAUUUCUGCUGUCACUUCCUCUGCAUUUUGCAGCCUCUCCUCAGUCCCUACAAUCCUCGCUUCAGCUUCAUCUAGCCUCUAAUUAGUUUUUGCUAUCUCUCCUUUAAUAUCUUCCAGCUGUUUAUUUAUAUCUUGUCAGAAAUCAUGAAUCUCUCUGAAAAUCAAAGUCAGGUUUUACUGAUUCCUCCUCAUGAUCUCCUUCCUGGCUAGCCAUGGAGAAGCUAAGCCCCUCAUCUUGCUGUGUCUCAUUGUUUUUAUCAGCUUUCUGAAUGGGCUUUUUAUUCUUGUAUUUAGACAACAUCUUUGCCCCUUUUAUUGAUAUAGUUAUACAAUACUAAAUAAUUGUCUAAUUUUGACUUUGGGGCAGUUUACAUUCUUUUUUGUCGUGAGACUUUUCCCUACGCCGUCAUUCCCUUGGCGACCCAGAAGUCCUCUGGUAUUACAAGAUAGAUUCAGUCAUGGGUAAAGCAGAGGCUGAUUGGCAGGAGGCAAAGAGUGGGAAUAAAAGGAUGCUUUUCUGGCUGGCUGCCAGUGACUAGGUCACAGGAGUCAGUGUUGGAACCAAUUCCUUUUACGUAAUGUGGUGGAAUUGAUAGCUAUGUUGCAAAGUUUGCAGAUGAUAUGAAGGUAAGUGGAGAGGAAGGUAAUUUUGAGGAAGUAGAGAGGCUACAAGACAGAGUAGGAGGAUGUGCAAAGAAAUUGCAAAUGGAAUACAGUGAUGGGAAGUGUAUGGUCAUGCACUUUGGUGGAAGAAAUGAAAGGGUUGAUCAUUUUCUCAGUGGAGAGAGAGAAAAUAGAAAAAAAUGAGGUACAUAGGAACUUGGGAGUCCUUGUGCAGGGUUUCCAAAGGGUUAAUUUGGAGAUGAGAACGGCAAAUGCAAUGUUUGCAUUCAUUUCAAGAGGACUAGAGUAUAAAAGCAAUGAUUUAAUGUUGAAACUUUAUAAAGCAGUGCUGAGGUCUCACUUGGAGUUUUGUGAAGAGUUUAGGCCCCUUAGAAAGGUUGUGCUGAAACUGGAGAGAGUUCAGAGGAGGUUCAGGAAAAUGUGGGAAAUGUUCAGGGGAUAUUUGACAAUAGACAAUAGGUGCAGAAGUAGACCAUUCGGCCCAUCAAACCUGCACCACCAUUCUGAGAUCAUGGCUGAUCAUCUACUAUCAAUACCUGGUUUGUGCCUUGUCCCCUUAUCCCUUGAUUUCCCUAUCCAUAAGAUACCUACCUAGCUCCUUCUUGAAAGCAUCCAGAGAAUUGGCCUCCACUGCCUUCUGAGGCAGUGCAUUCCAGACCCCCACAACUCUCUGGGAGAAGAAGUUUUUCCUUAACUCUGUUCUAAAUGACCUACCCCUUAUUCUUAAACCAUGCCCUCUGGUACUGGACUCUCCCAGCAUCUGGAACAUAUUUCCUCCCUCUAUCUUGUCCAAUCCCUUAAUAAUCUUAUAUGUUUCAAUCAGAUCCCCUCUCAAUCUCCUUAAUUCCAGUGUGUACAAGCCCAGUCUCUCUAACCUCUCUGCGUAAGACAGUCCGGACAUCCCAGGAAUUAACCUUGUGAAUCCACACUGCACUUCCUCUACAGUCAGUAUGUCCUUCCUUAACCCUGGAGACCAAAACUGUACACAAUACUCCAGCAGAGGUCUCACCAGGGCCCUGUACAAAUGCAAAAGGAUUUCCUUGCUCUUGUACUCAAUUCCCUUUGUAAUAUAGGCCAACAUUCCAUUAGUCUUCUUCACUGCCUGCUGCAUUUGCUCAUUCACCUUCAGUGACUGAUGAACAAGGACUCCGAGAUCUCUUUGUAUUUCUCCCUUACCUAACUCUACACCAUUCAGAAAAUAAUCUGCCUUCCUGUUCUUACUCCCAAAGUGGAUAACCUCACACUUAUUCACAUUAAACGUCAUCUGCCAAGUAUCUGCCCACUCACCCAGCCUAUCCAAGUCACCCUGAAUUCUCCUAACAUCCUCAUCACAUGUCACACUGCCACCCAGCUUAGUAUCAUCAGCAAACUUGCUGAUGUUAUUCUCAAUGCCUUCAUCUAAAUCGUUGAUGUAAAUCGUAAACAGCUGUGGUCCCAAUACCGAGCCCUGUGGCACCCCACUAGUCACCUCCUGCCAUUUCGAGAAACCCCCGUUCACCGUUACCCUUUGCUUUCUAUCUGCCAACCAGUUUUCUAUCCAUGUCAAGAUCUUCUUCCCAAUGCCAUGAGCUCUGAUUUUACUCACCAAUCUCCUAUAUGAGACCUUAUCAAAUGCCUUCUGAAAAUCAAGGUACACUACAUCCACUGGAUCUCCCUUGUCUAACUUCCUGGUUACAUCCUCAAAAAACUCCAAUAGAUGAGUCAAACUUGAUUGGCCCUUGGUAAAUCCAUGCUGGCUCGGCCCAAUCCUAUCACUGCUAUCUAGAUAUGCCACUAUUUCAUCUUUAAUAAUGGACUCUAGCAUCUUCCCCACUACUGAUGUUAGGCUGACAGGACGAUAGUUCUCUGUUUUCUCCCUCCCUCCUUUCUUAAAAAGUGGGAUAACAUUAGCCAUUCUCCAAUCCUCAGGAACUGAUCCUGAAUCUAAGGAACAUUGGAAGAUGAUUACCAAUGCAUCCGCAAUUUCCAGAGCCUACCUCCUUUAGUACCCUAGGAUGCAGACCAUCUGGACCUGGGGAUUUGUCAGCCUUUUCAGUCCCAUCAGUCUAGUUAUCACCGUUUCCUUCCGAAUGUCAGUCUGUUUCAUUUCCUCUGUUACCCUAUGUCCUUGGCCCAUCCAUACAUCUGGGAGAUUGCUUGUGUCUUCCCUAGUGAAGACAGAUCUAAAGUACUUAUUAAAUUCUUCUGCCAUUUCUCUGUUUCCCAUAACAAUUUCACCCAAUUCAUUCUUCAAGGGCCCAACAUUGUUCUUAACCAUCUUCUUUCUCUUCACAUACCUAAAAAAGCUUUUGCUAUCCUCCUUUAUAUUCCUGGCUAGCUUGCAUUCGUACCUCAUUUUUUCUCCCCAUAUUGCCUUUUUAGUUAAGUUCUGUUGUUCCUUAAAAAUUU